UAAAAGGGAGGUAAUCCAAUAUGUCAGAUCCUGUCAGCUUCCUUCCACACACCUUGGGUAUGAGGGUAUUUUAGCCACUCUAUCAGAAGGGUUCUAGUCUCACCCCUCCUGCCCAAUCGUAGUAGCACGUGUCUUGCAUGCCAAUCAUUUGUUCUGGAAACGGGUGUCAAAAUUUACAGUGUGAUGUUUUGUUGAUGUAGAAAAUUCAAGAAAUGCCUCGCGAUGACGGGGCGGAGGAACGUCGAAAGAGAACGGUUCUGUACAAGGAUGACGUAAACUUGACGACGGAUCGGCAGGCGCCGAAACGUGUCGUAAUAUCCAAAUCUCGUUACAAACUGUACGAGCCACCGCAAAGAUCUAAUUUUUCGGUAUGCUUGGAUAAUAUCAGGCGGGAGCGCCAGUCAAUCAUCCAACCGGUGAGCAGUAAAGCGUCAACAAGUAGUAAACUAUCAUACCGGAGAGUGGAGCGAGGGUCAGACGAAUCCCAUCCGGGAACAAGUAUGCAGACUUCUUUUGCGCGCCCUCAAAGCUCUAUGAUUCUGACGGAGAGGAGAAAGCUCUAUUUCAAGGACGCACUGAUUGAGUACAAACGAAGACGCCAGACUGCUCCUAGGCGUAUCAAAAUUAUUAAAGUUUAUGCUCCCCUAAACUGGGAAGAAGCGUUCGAAGAAUCGGUAAAGAAACAUACACCCUCAAUAAAUGUCGAAAACCCUUGGCGCCAACCUCGGCUACAAUGGUUACAAGAGUUAGAAAACCAAGAACCCCUAAAACUGCCCCGGGAUCAAGAUGAACCGGAAACUCCCUGCUGUCCGCUGUUGAUGUUCCCCUUUCGUAAGCGUAAGUAACGGCCCCUGUCUUGAUACGAUCUCGUGCACGAUGAUCCCGAAGGAGUAGACGUCACCCUUCGGUGUCCCGGCCGGGUCGUGGUGAGGAUCCCGAAGGAGCUCCGGAGCGGUCCACAGCAGCUCUGAGUGGG